AUGGUGAUUUCUUAUACACAAAAUCUAGAAAAAGGCGUGUUUGGUCUUCCAUUAUCCGAAUCGAUCCGAUACGCCCAUUCCAGCAUUUCAUAUAUUGAUGACAUUACCGGCAUUCAGUGCUUCGGCGUGAUCCCUACGGUGGUCGCUAAAUGUGGCAGUUUUUUGAAAGAAGAAGGUUUGACGGUGGAAGGCAUCUUUCGUUUGUCCGGCAGCGCGAAACGAAUUGGCAUGCUACAGACGAUAUUUGAUACCCCGGAUCAUUACGGCAUGCAGUUGGAUUGGCGAGGAUAUACGGUUCACGAUGCGGCUAAUGUGAUGCGCCGAUUUCUUAAUCAUCUUCCCGAACCUGUCAUUACACUGGAAUAUUACCGAGCUUUCAAAAACACCAUGGAAUUCGAAACAUUAGAGGAUAAAAUUGCAGCGUUCCAGUCCCUCAUUGAACGUUUACCACUGGCACAUCAGUACCUGUUGUUGUAUCUUUUGGACAUGCUAGGUUUAUUUGCGCGCACUUGGGAAUCUACACGGAUGGAUAUUGCUUGUCUCGCUUCGGUGUUUGCACCUGGCAUGUUGUCGCAUCCCGAUGAUAUACUGAAUCCUGCGGGAUACAAAGAGUCGCAGCGGGUGCUCACCUUUUUAAUCGAAAAUCAAGCUCGAUUUUCCAUGCCACGCACCAUGUACGCGACCGGACCUGAAUGCUACUCUGUCACGGGUUUCCCAUCGUUUUUCAAUGAACCCAACACAUCAGUCGACACCCUUGCCACCGUGCCUUCUUCUAGUUUAAGACGUUCCAAAACGACCCCUACCAAGCGUCAUAAAUACGGCGAACAUGAACCACCUCAAGUCAUCUAUGUCAACCGUACUUCAAGUACCGGUGGUAAGUGA